AAAAUCUCUUUCACCGAAGAAAUGAGCAAAAACAAAAUAAUUAAAAUAUCUGUAAGACACUCAUCCUAUUGAUAUUUUCCGAUAGAAAAUGAACAAACCUAAUUUUUCACCCAAAGUUCAAUUAUACUUCGCUAUCGACAACGAUUGGCUACAAUGAAAUAACGCUACUCGUUUAUUGUUAAUUGCGGUCAGCGACUAUUGAAAAGUAAAUUGUUGAUUGGAGAAAAAUAUAAACAUUAAAUGAAAAUGAGUGAAUCCUUUGCAUAGUUGAUGCAAAAUUGAAAGUAUUCCGAUGCUCUCAUGAAAAUUCUUUUGACCCCAGUAGUAGAUAUAUUUCAGCAAUGAGCUUCUCAAGUGACGAAGUGAAUUUCCUAGUUUAUAGAUAUUUACAAGAAUCAGGUUUUACCCAUUCAGCCUACACAUUUGGGUUAGAAUCACACAUAUCGCAAUCAAAUAUAAAUGGAGCAUUAGUACCACCAGCUGCUCUUUUGAGUAUACUUCAAAAAGGUCUUCAGUACACGGAGGCAGAAAUAAGUAUAGCUGAAGAUGGCACAGAACAAAGAUUAACAGAAAGCCUCAGUCUAAUUGAUGCUGUAAUGCCUGAUGUAGUAGCAAGCAGACAGAAUCAGCAAAAUCAGCCAAAACAAGCAGUAAAGGCUGAAGUUGUUGAUACAAAUGGAGAGGAAGCUGCAGCUGUUGUUUCAACACAAAGUGAAAGUAUGGAAGUGGAUACAUCGAUAGAAAUACCUGCCUCAAAGGCCACUGUACUUAGGGGACACGAAUCGGAGGUUUUUAUAUGUGCAUGGAAUCCAACAACAGAUUUGUUAGCAAGUGGUUCUGGUGAUAGUACUGCUAGAAUAUGGGACAUGUCUGAUAACACAACAUGUCCAAAUCAACUAGUUUUGAGGCACUGUAUUCAGAAAGGAGGAACAGAAGUUCCAAGUAACAAAGAUGUUACUUCACUGGAUUGGAAUUGUGACGGUAGUCUAUUAGCUACUGGAAGCUAUGACGGAUAUGCCAGGAUCUGGACAACUGAUGGUAGGCUUGCUAGUACACUAGGUCAGCAUAAAGGUCCAAUAUUUGCUCUCAAAUGGAACAAACGUGGAAAUUAUAUAUUAUCAGCUGGGGUCGACAAAACAACAAUCAUUUGGGAUGCUGCCAGUGGUUUAUGUACUCAACAGUUCAGCUAUCACUCUGCUCCUGCAUUGGAUGUUGACUGGCAGACAAAUAACUCUUUUGCUAGCUGCUCAACAGAUCAAUGCAUUCAUGUUUGUAAACUUGGCAUGGACAAACCAAUAAAAUCUUUUCAAGGACACACUAAUGAGGUAAAUGCAAUAAAAUGGGAUCCCCAAGGAAUUCUUCUGGCAUCAUGCUCUGAUGAUAUGACUCUAAAAAUAUGGUCCAUGAAGCAGGACACUUGUGUACAUGAUUUACAAGCUCAUUCCAAGGAAAUCUACACGAUUAAGUGGUCACCCACAGGGCCCGGUACAACAAAUCCCAAUAUGAAUCUAAUUUUAGCUUCUGCAAGUUUUGAUUCUACUGUUAGAUUAUGGGAUGUUGAAAAAGGCGCUUGUGUUCACACUUUAACAAAACACACAGAACCAGUUUAUUCAGUGGCAUUCAGUCCUGAUGGGAAAUUUCUUGCUAGUGGUAGUUUUGAUAAGUGUGUGCAUAUUUGGUCAACACAAAGUGGACAAUUAGUACAUAGUUACAAGGGUACAGGUGGUAUCUUCGAAGUAUGCUGGAAUUCUAGGGGAGACAAAGUUGGGGCUAGUGCUUCUGAUGGAAGUGUUUUUGUUUUAGAUUUACGAAAGCUAUAGGAAAGUUCAUUUAGUAACAGACUUUGAAAUCGAUAUUUUAUUUUGUGAUUAUCUUUAUAUUGUUUUAUGCUGAAUAUAUUUUCACUAUACAAA